AUGGCUAAGGACUGGCUAGCUACUGCAGGUCUCGAGCUUGCAGUACAAAAGACGGAAGAUGUGCUAAUAAGUAGUCGAAAAACGGUUGCCAACAUCAUCGUGGACGCCACCACGAUUACCUCUACACGGGCCAUCAGGUAUCUGGGUAUACACCUGGACCCGCGCCUAACCUUCAAGGAGCAUCUGGAGCUUGUUGGAGCCAGGGCAGCUGAGUUGGGACGGUCACUUAGCCGCAUCAUGCUCAACAGCAGAGGCCCAAAACAGGGUCGGCGCCUGCUUCUGAUGAAUGUCAUGAAGUCCACUAUGUUCUAUGGGGCACCAGCCUGGGCUAAGGCCAUGACGGUCAAAACAUAUAGGAGACGCCUAGAUAGCACAUACCGUCUUGCGGCGCUGUGGCGCCGAGUCCUGCUGAGCUAA